CCAUGCAUUCCCGGCACACAUCAGAAAAAGAGAGAAACUGAACGAGGGAGGGCGAGAGAGAGAGAGAGGGGGAGCGUAUGUGAGUGAUACUGAGAAGAGGAGUGAGCCUGUAACUCACACUCUCACACACAGAGACAGACGGAGGGAUCUAUACAGCAGCAGCAGCGUUGUGUGGGACAGAGGGGAUUGUUGUUGCCUGGCUGAGCUGGGACCUGUCAUGUCUGAUGGAGAGCAGAGGGAUGCAGCAUAGUGAACUGAUUCUUAAGUAUGUGGGGUUGAGGUGAAAGAAGAGUUCGCUGGAAAUCAUGUGAUUGGACAGCAAUGGUUACCUGCAUCAUGUGACUUCAAAGAGAACAUUACACUGUAGGGUCUCCAUCAUGGCUGCUGUGAUGUGGACCUCUCUCCUCCUCUCCCUUGCUCCUCUCCUCCAUCUUCAAGCCUUUACCUUGGCCCCAGAGGGCGCCACAAAGGCACCACCACACCCACAUACAGACACACAGAUCGAUGACCCAGUACUGGCCUCACACAGCACUAUAUGGCCCUCCUGGGCUCCUGUAGGCCCCACGGCUGGAGCCAGACUGGCCGACUCUCUGGACUGGUUUCCAGGGCUGAGGGACUCCACACUGGCACCUGAGGAAACUGAGAAACAGGACGACAAAGACGAGUUUCAGGGAACUAUCAGUGACUAUACAGACACCCAAGGAUUUAAUCCACUCACUAGACCUACAUCACCAGCCUCAGUGACAGCACAGCUAGGGUCUACUACUGACUCGGACCAACACCAACCCAGAGCCCAGGCCACAGACAGAGGGUUGUUAGCUCUGGACUUCCCAGCCACACAACAGAGAGACAUACUGGAGGGAGAUACCGUGGUGGAAGAGAUUGGAGACGAGUUACAGGACUUCACAGAGAACCUCACAGGGGAUACAGGAACCGACACAAGUGUGUUUCCAGAGGAGGGGUGGCCAAAGUCAGCCACCAAUGAGACAGCUCUCCUCGACUGCAGCUUGGACACCACAGCCACAUCCUGCAACACAACUGAUCAAUCCUGGAGCCCCUUUUACCCCGGUGACAUUAUCUCCAAUCAAUCCCAGCACCCCUUUCUGUCUCUAACCCCUCCUCUCUUUGUGCCUCUGUAUUCUGAUUGGAACUCAGCUCUGGCCACCUGGGGCUUUGCCUGGGAGGCCCACAUCUACGGUCUGGGAUCUGUGUUCGCUGCAUUUGGUCUGAUAUCUGUACUGUGCCUGUUAGGCCUGCCCCUGCGCUGUCCCCCAGGAAGCCCCUACUUCACCCUGUUGCACCUGUUCCUCCUGGCCACCGGAGGCACUAGAGCAUUCUCUCUGCUGUAUGAUGCUUAUAGUCACCAGGACCGCCUGCCUGCUCUGGGCUCUCUUCCCCUCUCUGAACUACCCUUCCCCUGCCUCACCUCUGCCUUCUCCGUCUGCUUCCUUCUCCUCUCCCUCCGCUCUCGCAUGCACCUCUCCCUUCAUUGUCCCCUGUCUCUCUCCCUCCCUCUCUUCACCCUGCCCAGGCCUUGUCUCUUGUUCUUCCUCUCCCUGAUGCAUUUCGGGGCCUUCCUGGGCUCCAUAGCUCUGUUCCAUGUCUUCCCCAGCCUCCCUGUCCUCCUCCUGCUCCCCCAGGGAGUUUUCAUCCUCCUCUGCCUCCUCCUCCCCUGCUCCUUCCUCCUCUUCUACUGCCUUGUACGACAAGACGCCAAACACAUCCAACGGCUGAGUGAUGGUGAGGGAGAGGUAACAGGAUCCUCAGUUCUGUUGGGGCGGCCGUCCCGGUGCCCGUUCGCUGAGACUGAGGAGUGGAGCAGGGCGGCAGGGGCUGGGGUGGGAGGGGCUCUGUGCCUGUUAGGUUGUGGGGGGCUUCAGCUGUAUGGGAUGUUACAUGCAUUAGGGCUCGGAGGGGUGAGUGCUGGGGCAGGGUUCCAGCCCUGGCCUUGGUGGGCGUACCAGCUGGGCUGCAGGCUCUGUGAGGUGGGGGUGUGUCUGUCCCUGUCAAUCAUCGGCACUCAGCCCCUCCUCUUCUGUUGCUCCAACUCUAACUCCUCCUCCCGGACUAAACCCAACACCAACACCCGUCCGGGGUCCUGGGAGCGGCUGACCUGUGCCUCACCCGCAGGAGGGCCUAGCCACCCACUUCCCCUCUCUCCCAUCCUCCAACCUCACUACCCCUGGUCCCUUGGGCAGAAAGAGAAGCAGAUGGUGUGUGAUGUCAUCAGUAAGCGCCAGUCCGAAGCCCUCCCCCUCUACACACUAAAGGAACCCCCCUCAAACGGACUGAACCUGCAUCCUAACCCUAACCCCCACCCUAGCCAGACCAAAACCUCCAGACACCCCAACCUCCCUGAUUCUCCAAGCCCACCAGGGAGGCCUCAAGCUGGGGUUGAGUCCCAGUGCUCCUCCCAGGGUAGUCUAUGUCUGGACACUGACUCCACAGUGGACCUGCGCCCCCCCUCUCCCAUUGACCUGUCUCGCAGCAUAGACCAGGCCCUGUACAGCGAGACCCUGUUCCCCCACAGCCUUUUCAGCCCCCCAAGGCUGCUCCACGUCUCUUCCAGCCUCUCCUUGAACUCCCCUGGCUCCCACCACAGCCAGAGUGCCUCACGGCCUGGAAACAGCUCAGCCGACAGCCCCCUCUACCGGACCUCUUCCUGUGGAGAUGUGGAUAUGUCUCCUACACGGCCACCCCAGCCAAGGUGCAUUCUACCAGGCCACGGCGAUCCCUGCUCUCCCCCUGAGUGCUGGUGGAGAGGUAGUAACUCCAGCUAUCUGUGCCAUGAGUCCCUGAGUGGGUCUUCCCAGGGUCUGUUCUCCAGCUCGGGGGCAGGAGGGGCAUGGUCACACCCCCACACCACCAGAGGGCAGCCCUCCCAGAGCAGCCUGCACAGGACACUCCCCCACCUCUCCUAUCACAGACGCUACCGCACCCUCAGCUCGGCCUCGCAGGACAGUCGGGGGGAGGGGCGGUUGGAGGGCAGAGAGGACCUGAGUGAAAGCAGGUUGCUGGAACGGGAUAUGGCCGUACAAGCGGAAUUCGUCAACGUGUGCCGACAGAUCGAUGCUCUUAGCGUGUGCAGUGACACUAUUGACCUGUAGGCAGAUGCUACUGGGUUUGAACCAUGCGUCAUCUAUGUGCCACAAGGACAUAAGGAUAUUACAUUUAUAAUGCACAGAGAUUAUAUAGUGACCUUUUGGGAGAUCUAAGGACUUAACUGAUAUGCUACACUUAGUGCUUGAGUGAUGUUAGCAUUCAGAUCAAGCAGCCUUUUCACUGGUAUAACAGAUGUGUACAGAGGCAGAACUAACUAUCAGUUACAGUUUAUGGGGAUUCUACACAUAGAAAAUAGACUAAUAAAUUAGACUUAUGCUGAACUAAAUAAGGAGAUAGAGUUCUGUUUGAUUAGUUAUAAACUGUAAAUAACUGUACAGUUAUUGAGUUCCAAAAUGUUCUAAAAUAACUUACUGAAACAACCAAAGUAGAACUAAUUUGACGAACUUUGAAUAUGAAAUGUCAGUGUAGUGUUAAUGAUAACCAUACAAAUAUGCAAGAUCACUUCAUGCUUUAGUGCCAUCUACUGGGGGAGAGUGAACAUAAAGUGUAAUUCUCAUACAUUAUAGUUGUUUUUUUAUAAACCAUUUGUUCUUAUAAAGAAUGUAUAACUGGUAUCCUACCACCAAGCAAUACAAGCCUACCUGUUUAAGUCACAACAGCAAUAUAAACCAGGAGUUAUGCUAGAGUGUUCAAGUGCCAAAUGCAGCAAUGGAACCAGAUACCAAAGCAAAGAUCUCACUCAACGUUUUUCAUUUAAUUGAAAAACAGCUCAACCUCUGAUAUUCAUACUGACUUCAAACCCUUUCUCUAAAUGAGUAACACUGUGUCAUACUGUACAUACAUCAUUGAAGACUGUGUAAAAUAUACACUGAGUAUACAAAACAUUAAGGACACC